AGUAAUUAUUGCGUAUAUCCCUUUUCGAGAAAUUAAUUUUGCCCUUCGGUUUAUGCAUCAAGACAUUCCUGCUUUAUAACAGCUUGUCGGAUUGUUUCCAACUGGAGCGAACUACAAUUGUUUACUUAGACGGGGUCAAUCGAACUCCUCAACGUUUCUACUUCCCUGCUCACACAUCAAUUGAAGAUGGAUUUUCUACGACCGUACUCUAUAAAUGUUCCCGAGCAAGAAAUACAAUACCUGAAACAGAAAUUAUCACUUACUCGCUUCCCCGAUGAGCUUGACGAGGCGGCAUGGAGCUACGGAGCCCCUCUAGCUGAUGUCAAGAGGCUUGUUUCCCAUUGGAGAGACAGCUUUGACUGGAAGAGUCAAGAGUCCCAAUUAAAUAAACUCCCUCAAUUUACAACGGCAAUCAAUAUUGAAAAUUUGGGGACUUGGAUGUCCAUUUUGUAUACCAAAAGAGUGAAGUCGAGGAAGCCAUUCCACUUAUCUUUUGUCAUGGCUUCUGAUCAAGUCGCAGGGCCUGGGAGCUUCAUAGAGGUUGCAAAAAUCCUCAAACCGUUGGCCAAAGGCAGUACAAAUGCUCCAGCAUUCCACGUUAUCGCCCCGUCACUGCCAAAUUUUGGCUUCUCAGAAGGUGUUAAAAAGAAAGGUUUCGGGCUCGAGCAAUAUGCUGAGACUUGUCAUAAGCUCAUGUUGAGUCUGGGUUAUUCUGAGUAUGUCACUCAAGGAGGAGAUUGGGGAUUCUACAUCACUCGAACAAUGGGUCGCCUCUUUCCAGACAAUUGCAAGGUUUCUCAUAUCAAUCUGAUCGUCGCCCUGCAACAUAUCGUUACACCUUACUCGGAGAGAGAAAGGGUGGGACUCUCACGUACUAUGCGAUUUAACAAUGAAGAUUCGGGAUAUAUGUUCGAACAGGGCACGAAGCCACAGACACUAGGAUACUCUUUACACGAUAGCCCUGUGGGGCUGCUUGCAUGGAUAUUCGAGAAACUGCAUGACUGGACGGAUAAUUAUCCGUGGACCGAUGAUGAGAUUUUGACCUGGAUAUCCAUUUAUUGGUUUUCUCGCGCUGGUCCCGCGGCCAGUCUGCGCAUUUACUAUGAAGCAAAACACGACCAAUCGCAUUCGCGCGUGAAGACAACUCAGUGGAUCUCACAUGUGAAGCUUGGAGUAGCUUAUCUGCCUAGGGAGAUUAUCAUCGCUCCAAAAGCAUGGGCAAGGUGUCUGGGUCCGGUGAUCUACCAAAGCGAGAGUGAUACUGGUGGCCAUUUUUGCUCGUGGGAGAAGCCGAACAUUAUCAUAGAUGAUCUCCGGAGUAUGCUCGGAAAUGAUGGCGUUGCAUAUAGAUCGAUUCGGGGUAGAAGUGGGUAUGAUAAGGUCGACAGCAGGUUGUGAUAUCCGACUUUCAGCUGCUCUACUGACCUAGCGGCUUUCAAUCAGCCGUCGCAGCCGAGAUUAUUGUGCUUCAAUUUUUAUUAUUGUUGUUUCCAAGGG